CCCGGAGCCGCUUCAAAAACUUCUGCGUCCAUACUCAUUCGGCAGAGCCAGCAAUCUGUUAUUUCAUUUCUCAUCUUUCCUCGUUUUUACUUCUCUCCCGACUGCUCCUUCUACCUAGACUGUUAAUACCAGCACUACACCGAUAGUAAGUACGCUAGUUGUGCUUCUUCUCGCCAGAAUGAUCGACAUCGCGUUCAAUAUCACGGACGAGGCGUUUCACGGUCGCGGCAAGUACGACCCGGAUCUGGAUCUAGUUAUCCAGCGGGCGGUCGAGGCGGAUGUGGAAGCCUUCGUGAUAUGCGGGGGCAACAACGAGGACUGCAAGAAGUCGUUGGAAAUUUGUGCCCAGUACGACCCGAUUAUUGGAACAACAAAUGAAGCUGCAAAUGGGUGUGCGCCGGACGAAAGCCCGAACGGCACAGAAAUUUUACCUUCAUCGAGGAGGAAAAAUCUGAAACUGUUCCAAACUAUCGGGAUCCACCCGACCCGGUGCAGCGACUUCGACCCGGAGGUGCAUUUGGCAGAGUUGCGGCAACUGAUCGAGCAGAACCGGGAGCGCGUGGUCGCCUGGGGGGAGUUCGGCCUGGACUACGACCGGCUGCACUUUUGCGACAAGGAAAAGCAGCAAUUUGGGUUUAGAAUGCAGGUCAGAUGCGCUUUGAGCAUGACACCAGAGAAGUUUUUCCCGCCAGUAGCCUCUUCCCAGAACAAGGAGGCGGACCACGAUCAGAAGACUAUAAUAAACUCAGGCGAGGACCACGCGUAUGCUGAUGAUCAUUAUCUCCCCAUACCUUUUUACCUCCAUUGCCGAGGGGAGGGUUGCUGGCCCGACCUUGUGGAGAUUCUUGAAGAGGAGAAAAAAGUCUUCGCCAAGGAGAGAACCACGACGAUCAAUAAAGCGCUCGAAGAUAGUACUAGUGGAGGCACAUCAACAACAUCAUGCACAGCACCAGACUCGAUCUCACCUUCUCCAUUGGUAACGCUCACCGGCGUGGUCCACUCGUUCACGGGGUCCCUCGCGGAAAUGCGGGAGAUUGUCGAUUCCGGUUUCGUAUGCAUUGCAAAUAUGUCUGGGUCUGGAAAGAUGCGAACUUGUGAUGCGCACUUCACAUCACACAAAAAUCUGUCAUGCAUGGAAGCCAAAAGUUCCACCGUUCUGGCCACCGAAAGAAGGGCCUUGUCAUGCGGAUUACGCAUUGAGAGACCUUCUCAAAACCUGUGAUCCUAGGCCGUGCAUGGUAGUUCUUCUGGGUGAUGCCGAAGGUGCAUCACAAACCGCUGCAUCCUUCCUGACCCAGACAUUUUUGCGUUUGAUAUUUCGAAAUCGGCAUCAACGGGUGCUCCCUGAAGACGGAAGAUAAUUUAUUACAAUGAAAAAUAAUGCCCCCACUCCCGAACUUGGGAGCAUUUGUAUUGCAAACCUAUCCAAAUGAAACAUUCGCUCUCUUGCAUCUAUCAGCAUCACAGGUUUCCAAUCGUGAAUAGCAAAAAUUUGUAUUGCAAAAGACCCCAGCAAGAGCGGCGCUUGUCAUGCAAGCAAUGCGAUACACCUACACGCCUAGACUGUGCAUCAGAAAGAUUCAUAUUCCUUUCAUGCAUGACAAAAAUUUUUCAUUUGGAAAGUUCGCAUCACAAACUUCUGCAAUUUCAUGGGUGGGGGGCACUUUUCACGGUAAUAGAAUUGCGCGGUUGUCAAGGAGAUCCCCCUGCAGAAGCUACACCUGGAAACGGACUGCCCCUACUGCGACAUCCGCCCGACACACUUUUCGCACCAGUUUUUGCAGAAGUUGAUGAGUACUAGCAGCAAAAGUACGUCUAAAUCUUCACAACCAGGAAGAACUGCAGGUCCUACGAACGAGCAAGAAAUAGUUUUGGCAGGCGAGAAAGAAGAUGAAAAUUUGACGAAAGCGCGGCAAGUUUUGGAGUCUUUUCCAGUCUCGAAAAAGAAACUGGAACGCGGCAUGAUGCUCAAGUCCAGAAAUGAGCCGUGCCGGAUGAUCGAAGUUGCCGAGGUCAUCGCCGGGCUGAAGGGAAUAUCAUCGCGAAAUGUCGUAGAACAGUGCACAAAAAAUUCAAAGCGACUCUUCAGAAUUUGACACGUCGAUUCAAGAUCAUGAAAAAGGUAUGCUAUACCUAUAUAGGCACUCUGAGAAGUAGUUUUUCUUUUUCCACCGCCCUUGAUCUUGCGGUGUGGCGACAUCUAUCAU